AUGCACCGGGGCCGCCAUCCGGGGGUGCGGCCCCACUCCGCAGGCGACUUGUGCUCCCCCGGAGAACCUCGAAAUGUCGCCGAGGGGUCCGGAGUAUAUAAGUUGUCUUUCAAUCUCUUCUUCAAAGUCAAGUCGACUCAGGGCAACCCAUUUUUCCACACAUUCCGCCUGACUACAACAAUGGCACAAGUCUACGACGUCCUCAUCCUCGGCGGCGGUCCCGCCGGCCUCGCCAUGGCCACGACGCUCGCGCGCCAGGCCUGCUCGGCGCUUGUGAUUGACGGAGGCACGUACCGCAACGAGCGGGCCGCGCGCAUGCACAACGUGCCCGGGUUCGACCACGUCCCGCCCGCCGACUUCCGCAGCAAGCUGCGCCAGGACCUGGAGGCGCGGUACCCGUCCAUUUCGUUUCAGGACGCGACGACGAUUGUGGAGGUGCGGCAGCGCGUCGACAGCAGCAGCGGCGGCGGCUACGAGACGAUGGAUGCGGCGGCGGCGGCGGCGGCGGCGACGACGCACCACAUUGUCCAGAAUGUGACGGCGGCGGAGGAGAAGAAGAAGCUGGCGGAUGCCAGGUUCGAAGCCCGAGAUGAGCAGGGCAACGUCUACCACGGCAGGAAGCUGGGCAUCGCGACGGGGGUUCGCGACAAGGUUGAGGAGCAGGUCGACGGCUACGCCGACUGCUGGGGACGAGGCAUCUUCCACUGUCUCUUCUGCGACGGCUUCGAGGAGCGCGGCGCCUCCUCCGUCGGCGUGCUCGGCGUCGGCCUGCUGUCCGCCGCCCCGGCGCUCUCCCACGUCGGCCUGCUCGCCAAGCGCCUCGCCUCGCGCAUCACCAUCUACACCAACGGCGACGCCGCCCUCGCCGCCGCGCUUCCAGCCCCGUCCACCGCCUCCGCAACGACCGUUGAGACGCGCAGAAUCACCAAGCUCGCGAUGAAGGACUACCCGGCGUCGAGCAGCGUCAUCGUCACGCUCGAGGACGGGACGACGCGCGAGGAGGGCUUCCUCGCGAGCCACCCGUGGGUGGAGCAGGGCGCGCCGUCGCUGGCGGCGCAGCUCGGGCUCGAGAUGAAGGACGAGGCCGGCGGGCCGCUGGUCGUGCUCAAGUCGCCGAUGGGGGAGACGAGCGUGCCGGGCUGCUUCGCGGCGGGGGACGCGGCGGCGGCGAUGAAGAGCGUCGUGCAGGCGCUGGCGACGGGGCAGAUGGCCGGCGCGGGCAUGGUGUUUGAGCUGCUGCGGGAGCUGCAGGCCAAGGAUGAGCUGUGA